AGAGCGGUGCAUUCUGGGUAGGACGUCAGCGCGUCCAUAUCUGUAUUUUACUGCUGCUGAAGUAGAGAAACCGGAGUCAUGAAAGGGAUCCGAACUCUAAAUAAAUUAUCCAUACGAUGCUAUGCAGCCAGGAGGAGUGAUGUCCUCACUGAGCCCUUGGCUGGCCUGAAGGCUGGGGCGGCCCUGCCCCCCCAGAGUGUACAGGUGUCCAAGCUGCCCAACGGUCUAGUGAUUGCGUCGUUGGAGAACUACUCUCCCGUGUCCAGUGUGGGUGUGUUUGUUAAAGCAGGCACUCGUUAUGAGACUGUGGAGAACCAGGGAGUCAGUCAUGUCCUGCGGUUGGCAGCCAACCUGACUACUAAGGGAGCGUCUGCGUUCAGGAUCUGUCGUGGUGUGGAGGGUGGGGGUAGUCUGAGCGUAACGUCAUCGAGGGAGACCAUGGUUUACUCUGUGGAGUGUUUGAGAGACCACUUAGACACAGUGAUUGAGUACCUGAUCAACGUGACCAUGACCCCAGAGUUCCGGCCAUGGGAGGUGGACGACCUGACCUCCAGGGUCAAGGUAGACCGGGCCCUGGCCCACCAGUGUUCACAGAUAGGUGUCAUUGAGAAGUUGCAUGAAGCUGCUUACAAAAACGCUCUAUCCAACUCCCUGUACUGUCCUGACUACAUGGUUGGCAAAGUCAGUGGUGAACAGCUGCAGUCCUUUGUCCAGAACAAUUUCACCAGUGCCAGAAUGGCUCUUGUAGGACUAGGUGUGAAUCACUCAGUGCUGAGGCAGGUAGGAGAGCAGUUUCUCAGUGUCCGCAGUGGGGCUGGAGUUGCUGGGGCCAAGGCUGUAUACCGCGGAGGUGAGCUGCGGGUGCAGAACGGGGCCGGUCUGGUCCACUCGCUGAUCGCCAGCGAGGGCGGUGUGACUGGAUCAGCAGAGGCCAAUGCCUUUAGUGUGCUGCAAAGGGUUCUGGGAGCCGGGCCACACGUAAAGAGAGGCUCCAACGUCACCAGCAAACUGAGCCAGGGCAUCGCCAAUGCAACCACACAGCCCUUCGAUGCCACAGCCUUCAAUGCCACAUACGCUGACUCUGGACUCUUUGGAGUCUACUCCAUCGCCCAAGCUGACUCCGCAGGAGAGGUGAUCAAAGCUGCCAUCGCCCAGGUGACAGGGGUUGCGAAGGGAGGCGUGUCCGAGGACGAUGUCACCAGAGCAAAGAAGCAGUUGAAAGCUGAGUACCUGAUGUCCAUGGAGAGUUCCGAGGGCCUGCUGGAGGAGAUGGGGGCCCAGGCUCUGUCCAGCGGAGCCUACCACUCACCAGAGACAGUUACCCAGAGCAUCGACUCUGUCAGCCACGCAGACGUCGUCAACGCUGCGAGAAAGUUUGUGGACGGCAAGAAAUCGAUGGCAGCUAGUGGACACCUCGCCAACACACCCUUUGUGGAUGAAUUGUGAAAAGAAAUAAACCAUAAACAAUGAAACAGUUAUUUAACAUUUUAACCUGGGCAGGUUGUGCCUGGCUGCUUACUCCAGAACAAGGAACCUGGUUCUGAUAUGAAGCCCAUGACUUCAUCUCACAGCAAACGAUAAUCCUUUGUUAACAAAUAAUGUUAAAGUUUGUUCUGCAAUAAUUGUACACAGGCAUCAGAAAUAAUUAUGCUUUUUGUUGUCAAUUUCUCUGUAUAUUUGAUGUAAAUUCAUUAAAUGGUCUAUCUACA